AUGCGGAAAACCACAGGCUAUCUGCUGCAUCCAUCAAUACCCUUAGAUUCAGGAUCAUCAGAACUCAAGAUUGCCGACAUCGGCACCGGCACUGGCGUCUGGUUGUUAGAGCUUGCCGAAGAAUUACCUUCUUCAUAUCAACUCCAUGGCUUUGAUGUCUCCUCGGCUGGCUUCUCAGAUCAGAGCUGGCUACCAGACAAUGUCUCAUUCCGCGCCCUCAAUGCGUUCGAACCGCCGCCAAAGGAACUGUGGGGCCAAUACGACAUCGUGCACAUCCGUCUCUUCGUGAUGGUAAUUGAGGAAGACCCAAUUCCGGUAAUUGACCACUGCAUGAAGCUGCUGAAGCCGGGCGGUCACUUACAAUGGGACGAACUCAACCUCUCAGAUCUGGAGAUCGUAAAAUCCAAGCCAGAUGUGUCUACCGAGAGUCUGCAACGUAUGGUCGACAAUGCCAAAACCCACUCCUCGCAGAAAUGGGUCCCCCAACUCCCCACCACCCUAACCCAAAGCGGCUUCGACAAACCAACGGUAUCGUACCACAAACCACCACCCUGCUACCGCAAGAUGUGGAUGGAAGCCGACACCGUCGCGACAGAGAGCCUGGCAGCGAAUGUGGCCGAUGCUAAUGGUCCAUUGGGCCCCAGCGAGGCUUUGAAAGCGUUGGCGAAGGGGUGUCACAAGGAGACGCAGCAGGGAGCUGCUAUUGUGAAGAUGUACCAGGUCGUUACUGCGAGGAAGCCUCUGUAG